AUGUCCUUUCAAUCAUGGCGUCAAUUCCAGUUUUUUGAAAAUACUCCGGUGCGAGAUCCGAAGAUAGGAAGUGACUCGCCUCUGUUUUCCGAUCCCACGCUAUCAGCAGCCUGCCCCGCACUUGAAGACAAGCUUUUUAUCGUCGUGCAAUCCAGGAUACUCAAGCUUGUUAACUUGAAGAGCUUGGAAGUUGAGCUCGAGUUCGAAGCAUAUUCUGAAGGGUUUCAAGUCACAUACUUGCGUUUUGUUGCGGACAAUUACAUAGUUAGUGCCGCGGAACAGCUUGGAAGACCAUGCUCCAUCAAAAUUUGGAAACUCGACAAACAGCCCAAAAACGAGUUUGAUUACCAUAGCUUAAUAGAGGUUAAGAAUGGUAAGAACACCUUUCCACUGUCAGCAAUCUCAAUUUGGCAUGACCUAACGUGCUUAGCCAUUGGCUUCGUAAACGGGCGCAUUGUUUUGAUAAGAGGGGAUAUAAUUCAUGAUCGCGGCUCUCGACAAAGAGUCAUUUACGAUGAUCCUAAUAAAGAACCUAUUACUGGGCUGAUGUUCGAUCGCGAUUGUCGCACCUGUUUCGCAUCAACUACUUCGGGAAUAUUUUUAUUUAAUACUACUGGAAGGAACAACGGUAAGCCUGAUACAAUUUUGAAUGGAAGUGCAGGCCUGGACCUUAACUGCAGUUGUUUGAGCUGCGAUGGCCAAGAAUUUAUAUGUUGUUCCGCGAAAUCCUUGGACUUCUACAAAUCAAACGGCGAGAAGAGGUCUUUAGUUAUGGAGCUACCGUUGAUCAAAAGGAUAUAUGCUGUGGAUCAGCAUCACAUCCUUAUCUUAUUAGGUGUUCAGACUUCCAACAACACGGCUCUUAAUGUCGCAAAUAUAACAACGACAAACAACAGAGUCAUAGUACUUGACAUUCAAAAUAAGCUGAUUGCAAUGAACACUCUUAUAUCCGGAAGCGUGCUCGAUAUUUUCUCCAAUGUUUUUUCAGGAGAUCCAUCAGUACUUUUGCUCACCUCAGAUGGCACCAUGCACAAAAUAAAUGAGAAACCUAUCAAAGAGAAACUACAGAUCGUUGAGCAAAAAGAGCUUUUCCCAGUUGCCCUUGACCUAGCUCAACAGUGCAAUUUGAGUGCAAUUGAGAUAGAGAAAAUACGAAAAAAAUUCGCAGAGCACCUUUACAAAAUCAAUCUCAAAACGGAGGCAAUCGAGCAAUAUCUUCAAUGUCUAAAUGUCACUGAAACAAGUGAAGUAAUAGCAAAGUUUGGCAUCAACAGCACUUCAGAUAAUUCUAGUGUUUCAGACUUAUCUUAUUACCUGCUUUCAAUGAUGAAAAAGGGGAUGAGCAGCUCAGACCAUGUUACCCUUUACCUAAUAGCUCUCAUUAAGCUCAAAAACGAGGAGGGCAUCGAACAGUUUGUUACACACUUCAGCAGGUCCGGUCAAUAUCUGGAGGAAGAAGAGCCUGAGGAGGAUUGGAAACAGGACGAUGAAUCCUAUUAUUUCUCUGAUACCGAACUAUUUGAUCUGGAUCUGAUUUUGAGACUCUUACAAGAUUUCGGAUUUUUCCUGCAAAGCUUCAAACUUGCCAGAAAAUUUUCAAAAGACCCCGCGAUCGUCGUCGAAAUCCUAAUCGACGGACUCAAGGAUCCGCAUUCAGCGCUGCGUUACAUCAAAAGUUUGCCUGUUGAUGAUACUUUACGGGUUUUGGUCGCGUUUUCAAAAAAACUACUUGAAUUGCUUCCAAACGAUACCAACGCUUUACUCAUAGAGUUGUUUACCGGGAAAUAUCAGCCGUUAAAAUAUGAAAGCGUCAGCGAUCCAGUUGUUUCGCGCCGGGAGAAGUUUGAUAAAAACGUUUUUUACAGUUACAAUUCCUUCAUCGAGUACAUGAAAAAUGUAUCAACGUCGAAGGAACAAGAUAUAACUUCCUCCGUCCCAACUUACCAACCCCCUAAACCAACGCUGAUAUUCACCUCCUUCAUUAACCAACCCUUUGAAUUUGUUGUCUUUCUGGAGGCCUGCCUGGGAAGCUAUAACGAGUUUCAUGGUUUUGAUCACGACAAACAACUCAUUUUGACUACCCUCUACGAUAUUUAUCUUACGCUGGCUAAGGACGACGAAAAAGGAAGACAACAAGAAUGGCGAGACAAAGCUCACACUGUUUAUAAAGAAAGCACAAAACUAGCGACAACAAGUACUGCUAGUGUCGACUCGUCUUCCGCUGGUAGGUUGAACAAAGCUGUUGACAAUUCUUUGAUGAUGCUAAUAUCCCAGGUGAACAACUUCGAAGCGGCCUUAGAAGGAGACGAUCUACAAGAUGAGCUGGAAUUUGCCAAAUUUGGCAAACUUGAUUUAACGUAUAAGUUCAGGUCCAUUUCAUUGACAAACGACGCCAAAACUUCGCUCAAGUUCAUAGAAAAAUUCGGAGAGCAGGAACCUGCGCUAUACUCAAUGGGUUUGUCACAUUUCAUAAGCUCUAAGAGUAUGAUGAAAGAAAUAGGCGGAGAGGCAGUUUUCAGAGAAAAAAUCCUGAACAAAGUUUUGGAAAAGGACUUGAUGCCUCUUCUCGACAUCCUCCAAGUUCUAGGCUCAUCCAACGUGGCGUCCUUCGGCUUGGUUCAGCAAAUUUUGAUCGAACACAUCAAAAGCGAGAGCCAAGAGAUUAAAAACAACAAAAAACUCAUACAAUCUUAUGAGUCGGAGCUUGAAGAGAAAGAAAGUAAACUACAGUCUUUGACUGACGAUAAAUCUCCAGCGCAGAUUAAAUUAAAGAACCAAACUUGCAAUAUAUGCCAAACAGCACUAAGCGCACCGUUAGUGUUUUUUAAGUGUGACCAUAUCUAUCACCAGAGGUGUCUCAACGAGGAGGAAUCAUCAGAAAGCAACAAUAGAUUCUUUAGAUGCCCACAAUGCGUUGUUGAUUUUGAGGCUUCUGAAAACAUGAAACGUGCUCAAAGUGAAACACAAAUAGAUACAGAGCUACUUAACUUGGCCAUGAAUGACAAAGACAACAAAGAUCGUUUCAAAAUUGUCACAGACUUCAUCGGGAGAGGCGGGGUAGAAUCGUCUUUCAUAAGAGUUCAAGAACUGGAUUGA